AUGGCCUCAGAGGGGCUCCAGCUGCUGGCCUUCACCUUGGCCUUGUCUGGGGCUUCCGGAGGGCUCACGGCCACUCUGCUGCCUAACUGGAAGGUGAACGUGGACAUGGGCUCCAACAUCCUCACAGCCAUGGUCAGGCUGCAUGGUCUGUGGAUGGACUGCACGUGGUACAGCACAGGCAUGUUCAGCUGCACCCUGAAGUACUCCAUCCUGGCCCUGCCAACGCAUGUGCAGGCUGCCAGGGCCGCCAUGGUGCUGGCCUGCAUCCUCUCUGCCCUGGGGCUCUGCACCUCCGUAGUGGGAAUGAAGUGCACCCGCCUGGGAGGGGACAGGCAGACCAAGCGGCAGGCUUCCUUUGCCGCAGGAGUGUUUUUCCUGUGUGCAGGGUUCGCUAGCUUCGUACCAACAGUGUGGUACACGAAGGAGAUCGUUGCAAAUUUUCUGGACCUCACGAUUCCGGAGAGUAACAAAUACGAACCAGGAGGAGCGCUCUAUAUAGGAUUCAUUUCAGCAAUGCUGCUGUUUAGUUCUGGCAUUAUCUUCUGCACUUCCUGCAUAGGAAGAAAGCCGGAAGCCUGGCUCUCCGCACACGAGCAGCAGCACAUCCUGGCCACGCAGCCUGAGGGCAGGUCGGCCUACCACCUGAAGGACUACGUGUGA